UGAUUAGACAGCAGCCUCUGACUCUAUUUCUCCCUGCUGCUGUACCACCACCACAGCUCCUCAGCUUCCGCCCUCAGCUUCCCUCCACAACCAGGACCAUAGGACCAGAAGACCAUGUCCACCACCGAGGGGGUCAAGACCCCUCUCCCUGGCCCCACAGAGGCCACCAGUCUGGUAAGGGGUCCAAGCCAAGAACAGGCGGUGACGUUCCAGCUGAUGAUGGCAGUGGGAACAGCUGUGAUUGGCUCGCUGCAGUUUGGCUACAACACAGGGGUCAUCAACGCUCCCCAAAAGAUCAUUGAAGGCUUUUUGAAUGACACGUGGAACAACAGGUACUCUGAGCCCAUCCCUGCCACAUCCCUGACCACCCUGUGGUCCAUCUCCGUGGCCAUCUUCUCUGUCGGGGGCAUCUUUGGCUCCUUCUCCGUGGGCCUCUUUGUCAACCGCCUGGGCAGGAGGAACUCGAUGCUCAUCGCCAAUGUGCUAGCGUUCAUCGCCGCCGGGUUCAUGGGCUUCUCCAAGCUGGCGGCGUCGUGGGAGAUGCUGAUCAUUGGCCGCUUCAUCGUGGGACUUUACUCCGGCCUGUCCACUGGCUUCGUGCCCAUGUACGUGGGGGAGAUCGCGCCCACUUCGCUCCGUGGGGCGCUGGGCACUCUGCACCAGCUGGGCAUCGUCAUUGGAAUCCUCAUGGCACAGGUGUUUGGGAUGGAGUCGAUCAUGGGGAACUCCACUAUGUGGCCCUUCCUGCUGGCCCUCACUUUCAUCCCGGCCGUGUUGCAGUGUAUCCUGCUGCCCUUCUGCCCCGAGAGCCCUCGCUUCCUCCUCAUCAACUGCAACGAGGAGCUCAAGGCCAGGGAAGUGCUGGAGAAGCUGCGAGGCACUGAGGAGGUGGGCGACGACAUGCAGGAGAUGAAGGAGGAGGCCAGGCAGAUGAUGAGGGAGAAGAAGGUCACCAUCCUGGAGCUAUUCCGCUCGCCACUCUACCGCCAGCCCAUCUUCAUCGCCAUCAUGCUCCAGCUCUCCCAGCAGCUGUCUGGCAUCAACGCUGUUUUCUACUACUCCACCAGGAUCUUUGAGAAGGCGGGGGUUUCUCAGCCAGUCUAUGCAACCAUUGGGGCUGGAGUAGUCAAUACAGCCUUCACUGUUGUGUCUCUAUUCAUUGUGGAGCGUGCUGGGCGAAGAUCCCUUCACCUCACUGGGUUACUGGGGAUGGCAUUCUCAGCGGUCCUGAUGACAGUUGCCAUGGCACUGCUUGACCAGCUGCCAUGGAUGUCGUACGUUAGCAUCGUGGCCAUCUUCAGCUUCGUGGCAUUCUUUGAGAUUGGCCCAGGCCCCAUCCCAUGGUUCAUUGUGGCUGAGCUCUUCAGCCAAGGUCCUCGGCCCUCUGCCUUUGCCGUGGCUGGAUUCUCUAACUGGACAGCUAACUUUAUAGUGGGCAUGACCUUCCAAUACGUUGAGCAACUGUGUGGCCCCUACGUCUUCAUCAUCUUUACCGUGCUGCUGCUGGGCUUCUUCGUCUUCACCUACUUCAUGGUGCCCGAAACCAAGGGACGAUCAUUUGACGAGAUCGCUGCUGGCUUCCGCCAUGAUGCCGGAGAGGCAGGGGAGAAGUAUGCGCCUGAGGAGAUGAACAGCCUGGGGGGAGCCGACUCCCAACUCUAAGCCCUCCGACAACACCGAUACAUACAUACAGUUGAAGUCGGAAGUUUACAUACACUUAGGUUGGAGUCAUUAAAACUAGUUUUUCAACCACUCCACAAAUUUCUUGUUAACUAUAGUUUUGGCAAGUUGGUUAGGACAUCUACUUUGUGCAUGACACAAGUAAUUUUUCCAACAAUUGUUUACAGACAGAUUAUUUCACUUAUAAUUCACUGUAUCACAAUUCCAGUGGGUCAGAAGUUUACAUACACUAAGUUGACUGUGCCUUUAAACAGCUUGGAAAAUUCCAGAAAAUUAUGUCAUGGCUUUAGAAGCUUCUGAUAGGCUAAUUGAAAUCGUUUGAGUCAAUUGGAGGUGUACCUGUGGAUGUAUUUCAAGGCCUACCUUCAAAGUUAGUGCUUCUUUGCUUGACAUCAUGGGAAAAUCAAAAGAAAUCAGCCAAGACCUCAGAAAAAAGUCUGGUUCAUCCUUGGGAGCAAUUUCCAAACGCCUGAAGGUACCGCGUUCAUCUGCACAAACAAUAGUACGCAAGUAUAAACACCAUGAGACCGCGCAGCCGUCAUACCGCUCAGGAAGGAGACGCGUUCUGUCUCCUAGAGAUUAACGUAUUUUGGUGGGAAAAGUGCAAAUCAAUCCCAGAACAACAGCAGAGGACCUUGUGAAGAUGCUGGAGGAAACAGGUACAAAAGUAUUUAUAUUCACAGUAAAACAAGUCCUACAUCGACAUAACCUGAAAGGCCGCUCAGCAAGGAAGAAGCCACUGCUCCAAAACCGCCAUAAAAAAGCCAGACUACGGUUUGCAACUGCAGAUGGGGACAAAGAUCAUGCUUUUUGGAGAAAUGUCCUCUCGUCUGAUGAAACAAAAAUAGAACUGUUUGGCUAUAAUGACCAUUGUUAUGUUUGGAGGAAAAAGGGGGAGGCUUGCAAGCCGAAGAACACCAUCCCAACCGUGAAUCUGCCAAUGGCAGCAUCAUGUUGUGGGGGUGCUUUGUUGCAGGAGGGUCUGGUACACUUUACAAAAUAGAUGGCAUCAUGAGGUAGGAAAAUUAUGUGGAUAUAUUGAAGCAACAUCUCAAGACAUCAGUCAGGAAGUUAAAGCUUGGUCGCAAAUGGGUCUUCCAAAUGGACAAUGACCCCAAGCAUACUUCCAAAGUUGUGGAAAAAUGGCUUAAGGACAUCAAAGUCAAAGUAUUGGAGGGGCCAUCACAAAGCCCUGACCUCAAUCCUAUAGAAAAUGUGUGAGCAGAACGGAAAAAAUGUGAGCAAGGAAGCCUACAAACCUGGCUCGGUUGCACCAGCUCUGUCAGGAGGAAUGGGCCAAGAUUCACCCAACUUAUUGUGGGAAGCUUAUGGAACGCUACCUGAAAUGUUUGACCCAAGUUAAACAAUUUAAAGGCAAUGCUACCAAAUACUAAUUGAGUGUAUGUAAACUUGUGACACACUGGGAAUGUGAUGAAAGAAAUAAAAGCUGAAAUAAAUAAUUCUCUCUACUAUUAUUCUGACAUUUCAAAUUCUUGAAGUAAAGUGGUGAUCCUAACUGACCUAAGACAGGGAAUUCUUACUAGGAAAAAAAAAUAAGUUUAAAUGUAUUUGGCUAAGGUGUAUGUAAACUUCCGACUUCAACUGUACAUACAUAGAUAGAUAGAUAGAUUUUAUUUGACCAUGUUAAACAAUAUACAACCACAAAUGUGAAUAAUGCAUUUAAAAUCAUCAAGCAUGACACAAACCAUGUUUUAGAUAUAUUUCCAUUAUGGUCCUCUUAAAUAAAUGGUUCAAAAAUGUACAAACAUAAACAUACUAGGCAUACUUGGCUUACACAUAUAACACAUGACAUAACAGGCAUAGUUGGCUUACACAUAUAGCUAACACAUAACAAAUCAAAGAAUAGGAGACUUCUACACCUGCAUUCUAGCUGUUUGGGGUUUUAGGCUGGGUUUCUGUACAGCACUUCGAGAUAUUAUCUGAUGUACGAAGGGCUAUAUAAAAUAAAAUUGAUUGAUUGAUUGAUUGAGACAUUGUCAUAGCCAUAGAGCAGGACUCCCUCAACAGAUCAGCGAUCUCAGGCUCCUAAAAUGAGAUGAUGGUUUUAUGAUGGUUAUGCCAGAUAAUGGUGACGCAGUUGAUGCCAGAUGAUGGUGAUGAAGUUGGCUUGCUGCCUCUGAUAUAUUAUACAAGGGGGUGUUCACAGGGUAUCCUUUUCAAAUGAAAUAUUGGGCAUUAAAGCGUCUUGUUAUUACGGUGUUAUCUAUCAUAUACACCGAAGACUAAGCUUCACAGUUACUAAGUACACUCUUAGAAAAAAAGUCGCUAUCUAGAACCUAAAAGUGUUCUUCAGGUGUCCCCAUAGGAGAACACUUUGAAGAUAAAUAUUUUUGGUUCCAGGUAUAACUUUUUGGUUCCAUGUAAAACCAUUUCCACAAAGGGUUCUGUACUCCCAAAAGGGUUCUACCUGGAACCAAAAAGGGUUAUACCUGGAACCAAAAACAUUUAUCUUAUGGGGAAAGCCUAAGAAUCCUUUCGGAAUCCUUUUUUUCGAAGAGUGUAGGACAAUGAUAUCAGCAAAUUUAAAUAUAUACUUUUAUAUUAGCAGAUUUCGCAUACAACUCCACUUGAACCUAUGGAUUUUAGAGGGUGACUCUACAGAAGGGGAUUCGUAGUCUGUCAAUCAGCUAAGGCAAAACAUUUAGGAAUUUACUGAUUUUUAUCCUUGUCUUGUUUGAACAAUACAAUGUAGUGUUUUGUGUGUGUGUGUGUGUGUGUGUGUGUGUGUGUGUGUGCGCGUGAGUGCGCACCACAAGUCACUGCUUUAUGCAUAGUGACUUUUUCUUUAGUAUUGGACACAUGCUGUAAAUAAUAGACACAAUAAAUCAUUGUAGUUGUAUAACCAGAAUAAGAGUAUAAUCCCAUGUAAGCUCUAACUUGUCAGUUACAGAGUUCUGUAUCAUUUUACAAAACAAAUUAUUUAUUAGUGAGCUGUACAAUUCUAUUGUGUAGCCUACCAAAAAGAAAACGCUAAUCUGUGUGUAGUGCCUAGGGGGAUGGGGAAGUAGGCAGCAGAAGGAGAUUUUUUGUGUUUUCUUUAUCUUUUAUGUUAAAACAAAGUGCCACGACUGCUCUACUGACAGCUCUUCCCCUUUUUUUAUGAUAUAUUGUAUGGUAGCUGGAUAUUUUGCUCAAUAAAAACAAGCUGCACACAGAGAA